UUGUGGUCUUGGCGGUGUGAUGCGGGGGUUAGCGGUGUGAUGUUUGAUGUUUGGUGUUUUGGUGCCUGGUUUCUGGUGUCUGGCGUCUGGCCUGGUGUCUGGCGUCCGAUGUGAGAUGUCUGAUGUUUGAAGAGGAAACGGGAUGAUAUUUUUGGAGCGUGAGCUUCAAGGCAGUGCAUUGCAUGGUCGCGUGGAAUUUAAGGUUGCUGGCCAGGGCGGGCUGGUCGCGGCCGCGGCCCGAGCCCAGGCAUCCCCCAACCUCCCGUUUUACGUUUUACGUGCAACUAUUCACAACGACACUCCCUUUCCCCAACUUCCCCAAUACACACACUCUCACUCACACGCGCACACACACGCACUCACAUCACUGUCCUUCUCAUGGAAGAACCAGUGCGCUGGGCCCAUUGCUUUUGCCAUCCCCUCAAGUCGAGGGGUCCACUGCCCGCUUUGAGCUGUGCCCGGGGGUAUCAAGCCGCCAAGUUGCUGUGAUAGGCCCUGGGUGGCGCAGCAAGUCACAAAGUGAUAGAUGGGCCUGGCGUCCACAGGUCCACACGACGCCACGCCGACGCCCUCCCCCUUUCCUUGGAACUCGACGGUCCUGUUGCUGCCCUGCCCUCCAAAUAGCGCUCUUUUCCUGCUCCGCUUCUCCAGUCUCACUCGCGGGGGGAACAGCUUCCCAGCUUCCGGCGUGUUUGGCCCCCAUCCCAUCUCCCAUCCAUGUCCCAUCAUGUCCCAUGUCCCGGUUCGCUCCCUGUUCUGGUGGUUCGUUCCCAGUCUCUCUACCGCGCUCAGGGCGCCAUCCGCUGCGAGUGCCUGCGGUCGUCCAGUGCCUCCGAACCCCCGAACAACCUCUCAAAUCUUUGGCUGCUCACUGCCCGCGCUUGAUCUCGAACCAGACCCAUCCUAUUCCCUUGUGUUACCUCUGCCGCGGCUUGGACUCAGUUACCCGUUGCUGUCACAUCCUCGUCCCUGCAGAAGCUCCCGGGAGAUGCGUGAUGGAGGUAUUUGGGCUCGGUCGACCUGCAGCAAAUACCGAUGUGACCCUCUGUUGCCGAUCUCUCGGACGCUUUCUUCAGCGGCUAGCACACUGGAUACUACCCAAUGCAGCAAGACUGCAGGUUCUUCACAAUAUUCUGUCAGUCUGAGAAGUGAUAUCUCUCUGCACAGCACAGAGACGAGGACACCAACACCGCAGGCAAGCUGGGCGCAAGCAAGCAGGCAAGCAAGCAGGCAAGCAAGCAAGGCUGUCCUAACGCCCUCAUGGCAAUCUCCCCCAUCUCACCGCCAAAUAGGGCCGGAUAGGCUUUUCAAGCUCUUCUGGGCGUGAAGUCGCGACCGACCCGAGUCAUUCGAGUGGCGCUAAACUGCCCUCGAAACGGCGUACAUCGGCCUCACAUACCGGCUUGAGAUCCCGGAGCCAGGGCCUGCUGCGGGAUCGAAAGUGCUUCCGCGGAUGCAUAUCACGAGG